CUGCCCCUUCACGCCUCGCCGUAUCGCUCGCUUCCUCCACCACCCACUCACACAAUGGCUUCUGGAUUUGGUCUCAACGGCGGUCCGUCCCGCUGCUUCAACUUCUGGCAGGAAGUGCUCGGCUGCUACGUUGUCAACGCCGGAGAGGGUGAGGCCGGCAAGAAGAAGUGCUUGCCCGCUCUGGAGGACUACCACGAGUGCCUGCACCACAAGAAGGAGGCUAUCCGAACGAUCAGAUUGCAGGAGGCCUACCAGAAGGCCGAGGCAUCGAACCCCCGUGAGAAUGCGCCCAAGGCCGAAGAGAUCCGCAGUCUAGGAUUGCUAGGGAAGGAAGAACAGGCAACUGCAUUUUUGGGAAAGUCUUAGGAGGGUGACGGGCCCAUGUUGAGAGGGUGCGGUGCCGAAUUCGAUGUUUUACUAUUACUACCAAAGUCAUGCUGUUUUGUUGCGACGAUGAAGUCCUCAAUGUAUAGAAAUGGACACGCUCGGUUCUACUUCAC